UAAGUCCCGUGUGAGAGACUUGAUCGAGAAGCUCUUGACCGCGUAAUCAUUCGUUCACCAAACUCAGUCACCAUUAUCAAGCAAUUCACAUGGUUCCCACCAUCCAUGUAAACCGCCCACCCUCAUAAAUUUGCUCUUGACCCAAACCUCGAUUCCCAAAAUUCAGUGCCCAAAAUUCGUAACGACGAAAUCCCAAAACGGUAGCGCGGGCAAGUUAACUUUUCGAACAAAGCAAUCAUAUGCUGCUAAUAAGCAAUUCCCACAUUCCUCUCCAACAAUCUAGCAACCAUCCGCUGAUCUGUGAAGUAUAACUGUGUCAGUUCGAGGCGUUUGCCAUGGCGGACAAAGAGAAUUGCUUGAGGGUAACGCGCCUUGCGAAGAAGAGGGCAGCGGAGGCUAUGGCGGCUGAACAGGAGCAUCACAGUAAGAAGAGAGUGGUUUUGGGAGAGAUUAAGAAUGACCCAAAUGUCGGCGUGAAUCAGAUUUUUGACAAUUCGAAACCCAAACCUAGACAGCAGAAGUUGAAGACUCUGAAGGAUGUGAGCGCUGAAAAGGUUACAGCGGUUGAGAAAUGUCAGGAAGAUGAAGUAGAAAUUGACGCGAAAUCUGAUGACCCACAGAUGUGUUCUGCAUACGUUUCUCAGAUUUACGAGUAUUUGCGUCAUCUGGAGGCACAGGAGAAAAGAAGGCCAUUGCCUGACUACUUUGAAAGGGUCCAGAGAGAUAUCAGUCCUAAUAUGAGAGGGAUUUUGGUAGAUUGGUUGGUUGAAGUUGCAGAGGAAUACAAACUGCUCUCUGAUACUCUCCAUCUCUCUGUUGCCUAUAUUGAUAGAUUCCUGUCCACAAAUGCCAUUAUCCGCCAAAAUCUUCAACUUUUGGGUGUGACUUCCAUGCUUAUUGCUGCGAAGUACGAGGAGAUUAGUCCUCCACAUGUUGAAGACUUUUGUUACAUUACAGACAACACAUAUACCAGGGCUGAAGUUGUUAAAAUGGAGGCAUAUCUCCUUAAAUUUCUGAAGUUUGAAAUGGGAAGUCCGACUGUCAAGACAUUUCUUAGAAGGCUUACCCGAUUUGCACAAGGAAAUAAUGAAACUCCAGACUUGCAGUUAGAGUUCUUAGGUUACUACCUAGCGGAGUUAAGUUUGUUGGACUAUUGCUGCCUUCAGUUCUUACCUUCAUUGAUAGCUUCUGCAGUUAUAUUCCUUUCAAGAUUUACAAUUCAACCUAACCUCCAUCCCUGGAGUCAAGCACUCACACAUUAUUCAGGUUAUAAACCAUCUGAUGUGAAAGAUUGUGUUCUUAUCAUACAUGACUUGCAACUAAGUAGAAGGGGCUGUGACUUGUUCGCCAUAAGAGAAAAAUACAAGCAGCAUAAGUUCAAAUGUGUGUCAUUGCUCUCAUCUCAACCGGAGAUACCUGAUUCCUAUUUUGAUGAUUCAAAACUAGGAGUAUGAGCAGUUAGCUUAGGCAGCUGACUGGAGGUUAGUGAUAGUUUUCUAGUGAUGUAAUACAAGGUUAGUUUAUUCUCUAGUCUCUACGUAUAGGCUUUCUGGUUCGGUUGCUUAUAUUUGAUUACGAUAUUUCUUAUAUUGUGCAUAACAGUCACAAAGAUCUGCCAUUUUUUUGUAAUAUGAAAGGUAUUAUACCAUGUUCCACAUAUUCAUGUGGUUUUUUAUUUAUGGAAAGCAUGGUGGAUGGUGUCACGGUAUCACGGUUAUCACCUAAAGCGUAUAAAGCUAUUAUUAUACCAUGUUCUAUAUAUUCGUGUUUUAUGCCAUGUUCCAUAUUUUUUCGCAAUAAUAUCCAAUAUUUGAACAUAUAAUAGGAAUGAUACAAAACUAUUUUCCACUAGAAAUUCAGUCAUUUAACUUAGAGCUGGACAAAAUAGUUUGGUUCAAUUGAACGGACCUAAGAAUAGUCUUUUGGUUGAUCUAGAGUGUGAUACUCCGUAUAUAUAUCUAGUGUAGCAUUUGGCAAUCACAAAAACAGGUUGUACUUAUAUCAAUUUUAGUUAAUCUAGAGUAUGAUAUACCUUUGACAUGAUUUAUUUGAAUAAAAAUAUGAACUUUAACAAUAUUUACCACCUAGUAGUUUAUUUUCCUUUGAAUAUUUUGAUGUGGUAAAUGCCAACCAAUCAUAAAGUUAACUUUUGUUAGAAGUGAAUAUUUUUCUAGUGGUUAAGAAAACGCAAUUUUGGAUUAAGACUUUCAAAUGUACCUAGACUUUCAAGAAAAAUUCAGUAAGAUAUGUGAGGUCUCCCAAAUGUACCUCCUAGUGUUAGGGCUCAAGGCCUAUUACACCCUAGUAUUCCUGGUGGGGCCAGAGCCAGACUUUAGUACAAGGAUGGCUCGAAUCGGGGCCAGGGCCAGAUACCAGAUACCAGUAUUAAAACAUAAAUCUAAAAAUAUCGUAGCAAUAAAAAUGAUAUAUUAAUAUUCAUUUAUAAUAUUCAUAGGUCUAAAAUAAAACUACAUGUCAGUUAUAAUUAAGAACGUCUUUCUUGCAUAUCAUGAAGAUUGUCAAUUAGCUUUAAAAUGGAAAUUGCCCUAAAUAGGAGUAACGUUUUGAAAUUCUAAAAUAGAAGUAUCAUAUUUUUUAUUCUCUGAAUAAGAGUAAUCUGUCAAGUUUGGGAAAAAAUGUCAUGUUAAAAGCUUUGUAAUGCCAAACUUGGCAGAAAUUUACUCUUAUAUAGGGAAUAAAAAAUAAGAUACUCCUAUUUUGAAAUUUCAAAACAUUUUUACUCCUAUUUAGGGAAUUCUCUCAAUAGAAAUUAUGAAGUUAAAAAGCUAGCCACACAUAAUUUAGAAUAAAAUCGCAUAACCACUUAUUUAUAGUGAAAAAGUCACGCAAAAAAAGUAUUUUAAAAACUAACAAAUCACCGAAUACCAAUAAUAAUAGUUUUUAAUUGGAACAAUUAAUUAAAAGUAAUUGAUACACAAUUAACAGAUUGGGAAAAUGACAUUUUAAUCAAGGAAAGUUAGAUCUCCGAUACCAAAUUAACGCAUAUUUGCCUAUUAGGGCUUAUGUUAAAAUUGUGAUUUAUAUAUUGGUCCUAAGCAAAAAGCAUAAAAUUACACAAUAAACUACUCCUUCCGAUUCAAAAACAAGUUUCACCUUUCCUUUUUGGGCAAUUCCAAAAUUAAGUUCCACUUUCAAACCUUUCCUUAUUUGACAAAUUAUCUACAUCAAAAUAGUUCCAAACAGUGUCAAACAGUGCCAAACAGUGUUCAAACAGUGCCAAACAGUGCACUCCACAGUAAAGUCAAAUUUCUUUUCUUAAUAUGUGUGAAGUCAAAUGUGGAACUUGUUUUUGAAUCGGAGGGAGUACAAUAAUAAUUUAGUACAAUAAUAGCCACAAGUGCCCACAACCUUGCUUUCUUGUCGCUUCCCUCUUCCUCUUUUCUUGUACUUUCUAUUGUUUUAAAUAAAAUUCUUUCUUCAAAAAAAAUAUCUUAUGUUUAAAAUACACGGACAUUUUCAUCAAAAAAAAUAAUAAUAAUAAAAAAAGCGCCCACAACCUUGAUGCGCAAUGUAUACUCGGUAUUAUUAAUUUAGUACUCCUUGUUGUAUUUAUUAUAUUACUAGUUUACUACUAAUAAUUAUGAGGAGUGGCAUAGGAAUAAAAACUACAGAGUACUACUAUUGCAUAAAAAUAUGGGGCCCCCAUGAAAUGUGGGCCCCUGUUCUAUAGAACUCAAUUCACUUGCUAUUAGUUGACCCUGCAUGGUCCCUUGAGGCCUUGACUAACAAGGUAGCUCCAUCCCUAUUUGCUGGCAUUCUCUUUGUUAAGAUCAGAUUAGACAUCUUUGGCUCAAUGUCAAAUGAGUUUAGGGGAAGGAAGUUGUGCAUUAUUGCCAUAGACUACUACACUAAUAAGUCGAUUGAGGUUGUGGCAUAAGAUGUUUUUACUUGGAUUGUAAUUUGUUUCAGACCAGAUCAAACUUGGAUAGUUAUAAAAAUAUAAAGAAACCAGACAUUACCAGAUCACGCUAGACCAACAAAUUACAGUCCAAGUAAAAACAUGCUUACGCACACGGCACAAGUUAGUUACGCACAAUGCAAACUCCAUUCAGAAGCACAUCAUUUGCGGAUUCGGAUUGCUUGACCGGGUGGCCACAGGCAAUAUAAACCAUUCAAGUAUGGUGCCUUCCCUCCUAUAUUGUUAGAAUACAAAAUCAAACACACACAUUGUUUUGUGAGGUACUCCUUGCAAGCAUACAACCAAGAGGAGAAUUUGAAUGGGCUUGAGCAUUGGACUAGGUAUAAGUAUAACAUGCUGCAUGCACACCUACAUCACAUCUUGUGGGUACAUGUUUUACAGACCUACAUCACAUGUUGGUGACACUUUAGAUUGGUCAUUAGUUAUUUAGCAAUGAUUGUAAGAAAUGAAAUAAUCAUUCGCUUAUCAUAAAACAAAUCAUAUCCUAUUACUUUCUUUGUCCAGCACGUAGCUUUAACUUUUAUGGACUAUAUUAGUCCCUUCGAUUAUGCUAUCGGGAAUUACAA